CAAAAAUUUUAAAUUCCCAUGACCACCCUCACUCUUAACGGCUCUUUUUGAACCGCACUCUCAUUUACUUUCUUUCUCUUUUCACUUCCGCUCUGCAUAUUUUCUCUUCGCGAUUUUAAAAUUUCGAGAACCAGAAAAUUACCCAAGAAAAGAAAAAACUUAUCGGACAUCCCCUCAGAUGACAAAUCUAUAAUCAGAAAACCAGGUGUAAAUUGUAAUCUGAAAAUAUAUAUUCAGGAAAAAAUGGCAAUGGAGAAGGUUUAUGAAGAGCUAGAUGAAGUCAAAGUUGAGAAUGAGAAGCUAAGGGCAGAUUUCAAAAGCAAAGCAGCAUUAUGUGAGCAUUUGAAAAAAAUCCAGAAUGAGCAGGUAAUGAAAAUCCAAGAAGGGAGUUCAAAAAUCGAGAAGCAGGCUCAAGAACUUCUUGAAAAAGAAGAAGAAAUCUCGGUGGUGAAGCAAGCGAAUGAAGAUCUUAAAUCCAGUCUGAAUGAAAAAGAAUCUAUCAUCAAGCAAUUGACUGCUGCUAAUGCUAAGCUCAGAGUUGAGCGUGAUGAGAAGAAUCAAAACUGGGAGCAGGAGAAUAGAAGGUUGGUAUUGGCUUUAGAUGAGGCAAAUGAGAAGAAUAUAGAUCAAGAACAAAAAAUUAAUGUGCUUAAGGCGGAGAUUGAAGGUCUGAAAGCACACCUGUCAGUUUCACAGAAGAAGCGCUCCGAAGCAGAGAAAAAGGCCAAAAACCCAAAAGAGCUGAGAGAAAGAGAUGAUCUGUUGGUCAAGGUAGAGGAAGGCAAGAGGAAGGUUGAAGAUCAGCUAAAAUGGAAGAAGGAGCAGUUCAAACACCUAGAAGAAGCCCACGACAAGCUUCGAGAUCAGCUCAAGGUGAGUAAGAAAGAGUGGGAGCAAGAAAAAUCAACAUUGCUUGAUGAGAUUUGUUCGCUGCAGACAAGAUUAGAUUCUCAGAUCCGAAUUACAGGAGAUCUUCAAAACCGGUUACAAAUGUGCAACCAAGCCUUGGCUCAUGAAGAAACACGAAGAAAGUACCUGGAAGUUGAAAUUUCAGAGUUCAAAACACGCUUUGAAAAUAUUUUUGCUGAAUGCCAGGAUGCAAAGUCACAACUGGACUGCUUGAAUUCCCAGAGGGAUAAUGAAGUUGCAACUCUGAGACAUCUAUUGGGCACAAAGGAAUCAUUUUACAAGGAAAUGGAGUAUCGAGCAGGAAAACUGGAGCAAGAAAAUCAAGAGUUGAUGACAUCCGUCAGAGAACUCCGGGAAGCCCGAUUUCAGGAAGCUGGAAGUUCUUCUUCUCUUUCAAAACUGAAAAACAAGCUCAAAAGUGUGGAGCAGAUGCACAAGGAGUGUUCAGCAAAUCUUAGGGCUAAAGAAGCUGAAUGGAACUCUCAGCGGGAGGAAAUGACCAAGAAAUUAAAUGGCUACAGUUCUCAGUUGGAGAGAAAAGAUGCCGCUUUCAAAGUGCUUGAAAUGGAACUUGAAGGUUACCUUUCUUCAGCUGUGCAGUUGAAAUUGCAGAAUGAAGAGAUUUCUGUGAUGUUACUACUGAUGAAGUCAGGAAUGUCUGAGGCCCAAUUGAAACUUGCAAAUGUUGAGGCUGAGCUGGGCCUCUAUGAGAAAGAGAGGGUAGAGAAUCUUUCUAUUCUGAGGCAGCAGCUGGAGAUCAAAAAUACUGCUCUGGCUAAUGCUCAGAGAGACAUUGCAGAAGAAGGUGAGAGGACAGCAAUUUUAACCAGGAGGGUUGAUACCUUAGAACAACUUGAGGAUAAGCAUCAGCUGAUGCAGAAAGAGCUCAACAGAUGUAAAGAAAUGCUGGAGGAAUCAUCCAGGUGUCAACUUCGGUUGAAAGAGCAAGCUUUGCAGGUGGACAAUGAUUCAAAAGGAAAAAUUAGAGAAGUCUGUGAUGCUUUAGAUGUGGCAAAUUCUGAACUGGCUGAAGAACAGGAGAAGGUAGCAUCUUUGUUAAGGAAAGUUGAGUCCUUGGAUAUUAUUGAAGGACAGCGGCUCCUGAUGCAGAAAGAGCUUGAGAGGUAUAAAGAAAAGCUUGAGGAAGCAUCUAGGUGUCAAAUACACUUGGAAAAGCAAGCUUUGCAGAUGGAAAGUGAAUCCAGAGAGAAACUUCAGGAAGUUUGUGAUGCUUUAGAAGCAGCAAAAUCUGAAUUAACAGAAGAACGAGAAAGAGCAGCUUCAUUGAUGAAGAGGGUUGAGUCUUUGGAUCAAAUUGAAGAGCAGUGGCUCCAGACACAGAAAGAGCUUGAGAGGUAUAAGGAUUUGCUUGAGGAAACAUCUAGGAGUCAACGUCAGUUGGAAGAGCAAGCGGUGCAUAUGAAAAAUGAAUAUGAAGAGAAACUUCGAGAAGUUUGUGAUGCUUUAGAAACUGCAAACUUUGAAUUGGCUGAAGAACGUGAGAGGACAGCUUAUUUAAAGAAGAGGAUUGAAUCUUCAGAUCACUUAGAAGAGCAGUGGGCCCUGAGGCAGAAAGAACUUGACAGGUACAAGGAAAUGUUUGAGGAGUCAUCUAAGUGCCAAAUUCAAUUAGAAAAGCAAAUGUCGCAGAUCGAAAGUGACUCAGAAAGGAAACUAGCAGAAGUUUGCAAUGCUUUGGACAAAGCAAAUUCUGAAUUGGUUGAGAAAAUUUGUGAAAGACAUGAAAUUGAAUUUGAAUCGUGGAUAUGGAAAACUAUUGCUGAGCGGUUAAAAGCUGACCUUGAAGAAAGCCAGGAACUGCGUAAAAAGUUAGAAUCGUCUCUUCUUGCGCAAGUGGAGGUUGGAGAAACUAUCAAGCAAGACCUUAUCCGUAUAACAGAAGAGAAGGAAGGGAGAAUAGUUAAUCUCCAGCAGCAGAUAGUGUCACUAGAGCAAGAGCUCAAAACAAGAGAAUUAGAAGCAGUGAGUUCUGCAGAGGAGAGCAUUCUUCAAAUUACAAGAGAACAGGACAAGAUCUUAGAGGAUCUCCAGAAAGAGAUUGGGUUGCUGGAAGAAGAAUCACUUAGAAGGGAAAUGGAAGGUGCUGCAUUUGCACAUAUAGGCGCAGAGAGAAAAUUUGAGCAUGAGAAGGAAAAUCUUUUGCGGCUUGUAGAAGAGAAAGAUCAGAGAAUAGAUGGUCUCAUGCAGGCUGUCAGGUCAAUGGAAGAAGAUUUUAAUAGCUCAUUGAAUUCCUUUUCCUCAGAGCUCGCUGAGAAGCAGGCACAGAUUAAUUUGGUCCACGAAGCUUAUGAAAAAAUUGCCAGAGCUGAGAUUCUGGCUAAGCUAGAAAUUGAAGAGAAAAAAUUAAUGAUUGUGGAGUUGGAGGAUGACAUUCAUAUUGUACAGGAGAAAUUGUUAUCGCAAGAAAAAUCCCUGUCUGAUUCAAAACAGCUAGCAUUAAAUGUUGAAGCUGAAUUGGAAGCAAAGCGUCUGCAAAUGAAGAACUUGGCUGAUCAGAUGGAGGCAAGGCUGAAAACAUCAGAGGCUUUGGUUGAGGAGUUUAAGAGUGAAAAGACAAAUUUGCUCGAAGACAUCAUGAAGUUGUCAAUGGAGAGGGAAAGUUUGUUCGGAUUCAUUGGGGGCCUAGGUGACAAGAUCAGUGAGUUCUCCAGUGAAGACGCACAGCUGAUGGGAAUCUUGGGAAGGAUAGUGCAGUCUUUUGACAAUAACACUUCAGGCUUGAAAGGUGGUGAUGAACUUUUUGACUCUCUAAAAGAGAACAAGAAUAGUCCUGUUCCUUCUCCGGCAACCAAGAAACCUGAUUCCGCCAUUGAAGAAAGAUCACCAUUUAGACAGCUCAACUAACUGCAACUAAGGAAAGAAGCUAUUAUCAAUACAGCUUGUGUGAUUGACGGUUUUCUUUUUCUUUUUCUUUUUUGCCCCCAUUAACUAAGUUUUUCCGGAAGAAUCCAUGCAGUUUAAAGCAUGGACUUCGUCUUCCUUUUCAGCUUUGUAUAUGACAGAUUCAUGCCUGUAUAAGCGUUUGUAUCUGCCAGUAACAAUUGACCACAUGAUUCAUUGUUUCAUUUUGAAGAACCAGUUCAUAAUUUAUCAUAUUAUCUUCAGAUUUUCUC